UUCUCGAAGUACUAAUAUUGAGGACAUCUCGCAACAGCUGCAAGAUUACGAGAAUCAGAUACAAUCUGCUUUAAUGAUAACUUCUUCGAUAUUGGAUAAUCUUGACAAAAUAGAUAUCCAACAAGUGAUACAAAAUUUGCAAAAUUUAGCCGUUAUUCCGUGCCACUUAAUAUUAAAUUCCAUUCCGGCUGACGAAGAGAUCACAUUUACCGUUGACAAAGGCCUCGUUGACGCCAUUAAGAAACAUUACACUAUACAGAUUCCACCAUCACCCAAACUUAUUCUACAACGAACUGACGCACUGCCCAGUGAUUAUGAGCCAGAACCGCUGACUGAGGAGCUUAAUAUUUCAAUACUUAAGCGUAAAUCACCUGCUACAACAAAAUCCACGUCAGUAAUAUCGGCGGCGCCUAAGAAAAGUGAUAAUCUUCCUGCUGUAGGAUCCUCGGAGAUGAUUCGCGUUACUCAUGUAGUGGAUCCAUCUUGCUUUUUUGUUCAAAUGAUACAAAAUCAAAACAAAAUAACAGAAAUGGAGAAGGGAUUAUCUGUAUUAGCCAACACUUCAGGGGUUAUACCAACGGAAGUUACCAUAAAUGCAUUGUAUAUUGUGCAAUGUUUCGAGGACAAAGAUUGGCAUAGGGCACGUAUCAUUGACAAGAAAAGGACCUCCACCGACGAUGAAAAGUAUAGCGUGAUCUUUAUUGAUUAUGGGAUGACAGAAGAUAAUGUUCCAUUGGCGAAGAUACGAAAUAUCGUACCUCAAUUUGCUAUGUUACCGAUGAUGGCAGUUAGAUGUACUUUGCACGACGUCGUACCGAACAAUGGCGAAUGGCAUCCCGAUGCCAUUCAAGCUUUCAAAAAGAUGGUUUAUUCAAAUGCCAUGGUAUCAAUGUCCGUCGUUAUGAUAACUGGAGAUACUUAUUAUGUUGAUCUGUCUGUUAUUUCCUCAAAGGACUGGUAUUUAACAUCCGUGAAAGAUUCGUUAACUUACAUGAAAUAUGCUACCUGCGUUUCACCAAACAAAUUAAUGAGAACAAAUCCUGAUUCUACGCGGACUUACUACUAUAAAGAACAGUUGGAAAUAGAAGUUUACACGGAUGUUGAAGUUCUAUUCGUCGAGUCUCCUAGUUGUAUAUACGUUAGAAAAGCACACGCAAAUAGAACAUACUUCUGCAAGUUGGUAUCUGAUAUGACUGAAAACUAUGGACAGACUUUAUCCUGUAAUGAUUUUAUACCUGUCCUUUGUAAAGAUCUACCGUGUGCUGCACGAGGCGUAGAUGGUAUGUGGCAUAGAGGUAUCAUAAACGAAGUCACUGAAAAUACGAUAAGAGUUUUCUACGUAGACUUAGGAUAUACGCUGACGUUAAGUUAUGAUUCUGUUAGAGCUCUUCCUAGAAGGUAUAUGAGCUGCAAAACUCAAGCAAUAAAAAUUUCACUGAAGAAUUUAAAACCGAAGCUUGAUGAUAAAGAGCAAUGGGGACCAGAGACCAUUGAAUUUCUAAAAAGAUUUUUGAUGGACAUAAGAAAUGUCAAGAUUAUAGCUUUUGAUAAAUCUGAAGAUACAUAUAGUGUAGCUAUGUACACAUAUGACAGAAUCAAUGUUACUACUGUAUUAGUCAGUAAUGAUCUAGCUGUGCAAAUUUAUAGUUCUUACAACAAAUCCAAGAAAAAGAGGAGUAAAGCCAAAAAGGAAAUUAUUAGGACUAUAGAAAAACCUGAAAAUCUUGUAGAAAAAUCAGAAAAAUGUAAGGAUGUACCAAGUAAAAACAUAAAAAACAGAAGUAUGGAUAACAAUGAAGAUCCUUUUAAAAUAAGCGUCUUAAUACACCAAGUACAAUCACCAGAUUGUAUUUACGUGUCAAACGCUAAACAUGAUCAAAGCGACACAGAAAAAAUGAUGGCAGAAAUGCAAGAAUUUUAUAGAAAAUAUCGAUCUGCAAAACGUGACAUCUGGAAUAAAGAUGCAGUUUGUGCAGUUUAUUCAUCGAAAAGUGAAAUGUACUAUCGUGGUCGAAUUAUUGAAAUCAAAUCUCCGGAUAAAGUAACUGUGUUCUUAUACGACAUAGGAAUCGAAGAAAUUGUUACGAUAAACGAUCUACAAUCACUGUAUCCGGUAUUCUUUGAAACUCCAACGUAUGUUUUUAAAAUAAAACUGAGCGGUAUAUUACCAUGCGGAGGAUCGACAUUUUGGACGUCAUUAUCCUGUGAGAAAUUGCAAGAAAUUGUGAAUAAUAAUCAAAAUUGCAAAUUUUACAUAUCAAAAUUGGAAGAAGAAGAUAUAGAAGACUCUGUGAUACCAGUGGAACUUUGGAUUAAACAGGUGAAAAUGGAUGGACCAUUAGCACCAACAAGAUAUGAAAUAAAUUCCAUUAAUAGAAUGUUAGUUGAAAACGGAGUUGCUUUACCAAUAAAAGAGUAUGCAAAAAAAAGGGAUAAGAUUUUAGCAAUUGAAUUGAAACGGAUGUUGAUGAAAAAAUUAGAGAGAUUAGCAAAAUGCGAACCAAACGUGAAGUGGUUUGAAAUUAAUAACGAUCUCAACGAUUCUGUGGAAAUAAACAUUAAUCGAGUCACGUCAGAGGCAUCAAAUCACUCAGAUUCUGAUUUAGACAAUCAGGAACUUAACAUAGAAGCAUUUGACAACAUUCCAAUGCUUCCCAAAUUGACGGAUUGGUUACCAGCAAAACCAAUAUUGGAAGAUUCAUUUAUUGCUAUACCAACAUAUUUAGAUAGUGAAGGCUUUUUAUAUUUACAUUCUAAAGACCAAAAUGCAGAAAUAUUGCGAUAUAUAGAAAGAAAACUGGAAAAGUUGUAUACUAAUUGUCCAAUUGAAUCACAUGAUACUGUAUGGGCUGCAGGAGAUAUGUGUAUUGCACAGUAUCAUACAGACAAAAAAUGGUACCGUGGGAAAGUAGUGAAAGUUGAAGAAAAUGAUAUAAUAGAUGUUGAAUUUGUAGAUUAUGGAAAUAUCGAAGAAUGUUCAAUUGGAACUUUGAAAAAAAGAGUUAUUUUGGAAGAUAUUCCAAUUCAGUGCACGAAAUGUACAAUCUAUGGUCUAAAUCCGGCAACUUCAAGUGGAAAAUGGAUAACAGAAGACCUGGAUAAGAUACAUGGGCUUUUAAUUGAGAAUGAAUGUAAAGUAACUGUUAUAGAUAGAACUAAAAUGCACCUUGUUAUUUCUAUAAUGAUGUUUCCAAACAAAUAUUGUAAAAAUAGAUGCGAUUUAAUUACAUUUCUUUCAAAGGAAUGGGAAAUGAAUAUUAAACAUAAUGUUAACACUAGCGUAUCCGACCAAAGUGUUUCUACAACAGACACCCCGGAUAUAGUUAUAGAAAAUUCGAAAUCUUUUUGUUCGGAUAACGAAAUAAUGAAAGAUGCGAUUAUUAGUGGAAAUUCCAUAUUGGUUUUAAAUCCGGUUACAAUCAAUAAAAACGAAAGUCCCAAUACAACUGAUAUUGAAAAUUUAUCAUGGUGUAAAAUAAACGACGAAAUAAUCACUUCAACACCACAAGUUGUUUCUGAAGAGAAUCUUUCGAUGAAUUACAAAUUGAUCGAGCUACCACAAGAUACAGAGUUCAUAGAAGUAGAACUGUGCUUCAGUAUUAGUACAACUGAAUUUUACGCUCAUCUAAAAAACAACUCACACUCAGAGAUUUUAAAUAAUUACUACACACAGUAUGAACUUUUAAUGAAAGAUUUGCAAGAAAAUGCGUCUAAACAACAAAUAAUUACAAAUUUUACACCUAAUACACCAUGCUGCGCAAAAUACAAUGACGAUAUUUGGUAUAGGUGCCUCAUAGUAGAAUCUGAACCAAUUGAAGAUUCAAGUGAAACCGAAAUUAAAUUGAUUUAUGUCGAUUAUGGUAACUGCGAAUACAGAACAGUACAUUUUGACCAGUGUGAAUUAUUUGAAUUGAAAAAAGAAUGGAUGAAUGUACCAGUUAUGGCAAUUAAAUGCAAAUUAUGGAAUAUUGAAUGUGUUCCGACAGCAAAUCUUGAGAGUUUUUUAAAUCAGCUAGAAGAAAUGUAUAACAGACGUGUUGUAGCUACAAUCAAAGUAACUAUUACUUUAUGAUAAUAAUUGGUUACAAAUGAUCUAUUAUUUACUAAAGUAAUUAUUUCAGGAAAUCGACGAAGAAUUCAUGCAUAUUGAAUUGUAUGAUAAUGAGGAACGUAAAGAACUUUUGUAUAAGACGCUCAUCGAAGAAGGUUUAUU